AGCUUCUUCUAGAGAGCAGAAGGAAAAUAUGUAGCAGAUUAUAAUGGAUGCUGUUGAGUAUGCAACAGCAACGUAGAACAAGAAGAGUCCAUCAGAAUGAAGACGACGGGCCAGCUCUCUCUGCUUUCGUCCUUGAGCGCGUUGCGCGACGUGGUCGUGGGGAGAGAACACAAAAGUGAGGCCACGAGACGAUAUGAGCUACAACAGAGCAGGUUGCCUAGCAGGUAUGCAACUUCUUCCACGAUCUUACAGCAAUACAUCAAUGCCGUAAGUCGUGCGCGGACGAAAGUAACAGAGUGCGCUCGCCAGAAUGGAGUGGCCACGUCGUUGACUGGAGUUUUCUGGUCUCCAUUCAUGUUGUUCUUGCUGCUACUCCUUACCGGAUCCAACAUGUUGCUCUUGCGUGCUUAUCUCCUACUCAAUUUAGGAAUGGGCCUUUCCUUCUACCUGGGGCAGUCUGCAAGCAGCGCUAGUACCUUUGGCGGGCGGGAAAACUAUAGUUAUAGUUUCGGCAUCGGAGGGCCACCACCUGUAGCCGUACCUGCUGAUUUACCUAAUCGUGUCGAUCUAGGGCCUGGUAGUAGAACUACUAGCAGGUGA